AUGCCGCCGUCCGCCAGCUGGUCAAAACAGUUGCAGGAGGCAGGCAUGCCUGAGGAAGCCGCCAACGUCGUUGCUCUUGCCUAUGCCUCUGACCAGCUGUUCUACCACGCUUUUCGUAAUGAAGACCGCCUGGACAGCUACGCAAAAUCCGUCUUGGUGAAAACCAAAGCCAUCAGCCAGGAUGAUACGGAGUGGGAUAUACACCCGACAGUGGCAGCCCUCCGUGCAACCUGGAGAAGCUUGAAAAGCACCAUUUCUGCGUCAGUGCCCCCUCCUGCCGCGGAAAGAGCUGCUACGGACUGUACGGCCCUGAUGCCUUUUCUGCAAGCUUCCUCACGUAUGUCUUCGGGAGAUCGUGCAAAGCUGGUGGAGAAGUAUGAGAAUGACUAUCCAGGAGUAGGUGUGUGCCCGAUGGUUCUCCCCAGCCUCCAGUACUUGCAGCGCAUCAAAUCUCAGUGCAGCAGCCAGUCAUGGGAAUGGACUCCGUGGCGCAAAAUCAUCAGUGAAGACGAGCUGGAGGAUGUGAGUGCGUCACCCUUCAAAGUUGAGAAGUUGUUAUCAGUUCGAGGUCACAAGGCUGACGACGCAGUCCACACUGUUGUGAAGGAGCGCGAUGUUCUUCGUCGUCUGCUGUUCUGCCCGUCGAAAGCUCCCAAGGAGAGCAAAGGGGCCGGCAAAGGCAAG